AUGCAAAUGGUUGCCUCUUGGCCACUCUCACCACCGUCCUCUCUUCCAACAAACAAUCAAGAAACUGCACAAAAACCUCUAGUUUUUGAUGCAUCCAUUUUAAACCACCAGCCAAACAUACCCCCACAUUUCAUCUGGCCGGACGACGAAAAGCCGUGUCGUGAGCCACCACCUAUUCUUCUUCUUCCUCCAAUCGACUUAAAAGCCUUCCACUCCGGUGACCCUCUUACUAUAUCAAACUACACCAAGCUUGUCAAUGAGGCAUGUCAAAAGCAUGGUAUGUUUCUAGUAGUAAACCAUGGCAUCGAUUCACAGCUUAUAAAUGAAGCUCAUAAGAAUUUGGACUACUUCUUUCAAACCCCACUUGCAGAGAAGCAAAAAGUUCAGAGAAAACUUGGUGAUCACUCUGGAUAUUCUAGUAGUUUUACUAAUAGAUUCUCCUCCAAGCUUCCAUGGAAAGAAACUCUUUCUUUUCGAGUUUGUGUUGAUGAUCAGUACACAAACAUGGUGGAGGAGUACUUCUUGAAUGCAAUGGGUGAAGAUUUCAGACAUUUUGGGUAUGAGUCUAAUGAUUUAAGUGAAUGUUAG